GGGAGGGAGUGCUAAUGUGCUGGGCUCUCCGGGGCGGGGUCUGGGGCGGGACAAGGGCGUGGCCCAGCGGUCCCCAGGAGAUAGUGCCGCCCUCCUUGACCGGGCGAAGCGGCGGAGUGUUACCGACUGAGGUUCCGCGGGGCCCGGAGCAGAAAGGGACCGAGGAAGCCAUGAGUGCGGUGGACCUUAGUCGCGUAGGCGCGUGUGUCUUGAAGCAUGCAGUGACAGGGGAGGCCGUGGAGCUGCGGAGCCUUUGGCAGGAUAAAGCUUGUGUGGUGGCCGGUCUGAGACGCUUCGGCUGCAUAGUGUGCCGUUGGAUCGCCCAGGACCUCAGCAACCUCCGGAGCUUCCUGGAUCAAAACGAUGUGCGCCUAGUGGGCGUGGGGCCUGAGGCCCUGGGCCUGCAGGAGUUCCUGGAUGGUGGCUACUUCUCAGGAGAACUCUACCUUGAUGAGAGCAAGCAGUUGUAUAAGGAGCUGGGCUUCAAGCGGUACAACAGCUUAAGCAUCCUGCCAGCUGCCCUGGGAAAACCUGUGCGUGAUGUAGCCUCCAAGGCUAAGGCUGUUGGCAUCCAGGGGAACCUGUCUGGUGACCUACUGCAGAGUGGAGGGCUGCUGGUGGUCAGCAAGGGUGGUGACAAAGUACUGCUACACUUCAUCCAGAAGUCUCCAGGAGACUAUGUUCCCCAAGAGAACAUCCUGCAAGCCCUGGGUAUCUCUGCAGAGGUCUGCUCCAGCAAGCCACCCCAGUGUGAUGAAGAGGUGUGUGGGAGGUGAUACCUGGCCUCUGAGGACUUGGAGGCAUCAACAACCUUGGAUGUAUUUGGAGAGAAUCACUGUGGAGCCACUGGGACAGGAUACUGGACAUUGUCUCAUCCUGAACAGCAAUGAGCUAUUAAAGUGCACAUCCUGGGCAGUGAGUGUCCUCACUGCUUCCCCA